AGAAUAAAUUUAGAGGGAGCUUAAUUUGGAGGAUUGCCAUUAACAGUUUAACACCCGCCCCCGAUUUUGCGUUUCUCUCUCGAACUUCCGGUGACCACCGCGGCGCGAUUUCCGGUGAGGAUCCAAGGCGGUUCCGGCGCUACUCCGUCACAGCACGAAGGGGGCGAGUCAAAUUCAAAGUAGAAGAAGACGAUGCAGCACAGAAAUUCAUCGUUAGGAAGGCCUUCUGGAACCGAUGGCUCUGAUUACUCCUACCGUAUGGUAGUUGAUUCAAGGUAUCAACUGGUUGCAAAGGGGAAGAAACGCCUCUCUCUGCUAUUUAUCAUUGAGGCUUUGGUUCUAUUAAUUGGAGUGGUAUUUGCAUUUUUACCAGGAAGAGAGCAGCAUAUUCCAAAUACCGCAGUCUUUUCUUCUGUUAUUGUUAGUGUUGUUUUGGUGAUCAUUGCUGAUAUAGGUCGAAGACGAAGCCGGUCCGGUUUGUUGAGAUUUUAUGCCAUUGCAUCAUCUAUAGCAACACUUCAAUUGAUUGUUUCUCUUGCUAUGUGGCAUUCCCUGCCGAAGGCUAUCUGGGAUUUUGGCUUUUCGGAAACUAGGAGGUUUGAUGCCACUGGUUUUACUGGUCUUCAAGCUGGUUUGCUGUUAUAUCUGCUCACUUUUUCCCUGUUCAAGAUAUGGACCAUCAAAGCAGUUCUUUCCCUGAUUUUUAACAUGUCUCCUCCCAAGAAAUCCUCUUAGCUCAUUAAUCUAUUCACAACAGAUUGAUCAGUAUGACCGUAUUUUCUAUACAGAAACCCUUUCAAGACUGUAUUGUUAGUGAUUCGUUUUAUUUUUUUAUUUUAGUUCCAGUCAAGGGAAGGGAAAUUUUGAGUCAUGUGAGUAUAUAAUCCUUCCAUUAAACAUUGGGAAGCUGAUGACUACGAUAAAAACAUUAACCCAAGGUUCUUCAGCGAACCCAUGGCUGUGUAAUUUUGAAUUGUCAUCCUAAUUGUGAGUGAGAUUCAGCCCAA